UCUCUAAAGAGCGAGAAAAGGCCAAGGCUCGCGGUGAUUUCCAGAAGCUCCGUGAGAAGCAGCAGCUGGAGGAGGAUCUAAAGGGCUACCUGGACUGGAUCACGCAGGCGGAGGAUAUCGACCCUGAGAACGACGACGAGGGACUGGAUGACGACAAGCCUAGAAAUCUGAGUAUGCCGGCCAGUGAAAAUGAGUCAGUGAACACUGAUAAUGCUCCCGCUGGAGACAUGGAGGGAGAGACCUGCUGUACUCGCAUGGCAAAUAGGAUCUCCAAAUCCAAAUUCAGUCGAUAUUCACGCCGAUGGAAUCGGUUAUGUCGGCGCACGUGCCGUGCAGCAGUGAAGUCAAAUGUGUUCUACUGGCUGGUGAUUUUCCUGGUAUUUUUGAACACGCUUACCAUUGCCUCUGAGCACCACCAGCAGCCAGACUGGCUCACCAAUGUACAAGAUAUCGCCAAUAAGGUGAUGCUGGCUCUUUUUACCGGUGAGAUGCUGCUGAAGAUGUACAGCCUGGGCCUACAGGCCUAUUUCGUCUCCCUUUUUAACCGCUUCGACAGUUUUGUGGUGUGCGGUGGAAUUCUGGAGACUAUCCUGGUAGAGACUAAGAUCAUGUCACCCCUCGGCAUCUCUGUGCUGCGCUGUGUGCGUCUGCUCCGCAUCUUCAAGAUCACCAGGUACUGGAACUCUCUCAGUAAUCUAGUGGCGUCUCUGCUGAACUCGGUGCGCUCUAUCGCGUCCCUGCUUUUGCUGCUCUUCCUGUUCAUCAUCAUCUUCAGUCUGCUCGGAAUGCAGCUCUUUGGUGGCAAGUUCAACUUUGACGAGACGCGCCGCAGCACCUUCGAUAACUUCCCCCAGUCUCUCCUCACCGUCUUUCAGAUUUUGACUGGAGAGGACUGGAACUCUGUGAUGUUUGAUGGGAUCAUGGCGUACGGUGGGCCCUCCUUUCCUGGCAUGCUUGUCUGCAUUUAUUUCAUCAUCCUCUUCAUCUGCGGAAACUACAUCCUCCUGAAUGUCUUCUUGGCCAUUGCCGUGGACAACCUGGCAGACGCAGAGAGUCUGACAUCAGCGCAGAAAGAGGAAGAGGAGGAGAAAGAGAGGAAGAAGCUGGCCAGAACGGCCAGUCCAGAGAAGCGCCAGAACUCUGAGAAACCACCUCUGAAGGAUGAAAAGAAAGAGGAAAAGAUUGAACUAAAAUCCAUCACUUCUGAUGGAGAGAUGCCAACUGCUACCAAGAUCAACAUAGAUGAGUACACAGGGGAGGAGAAUGAGGAGAAGAACCCAUAUCCUGUGAACGAUUUCCCAGCAGCAGAGGAGGACGAUGAGGAGCCAGAGAUGCCAGUAGGUCCUCGUCCACGUCCACUCUCCGACAUUCAGCUGAAGGAGAAAGCUGCCCCCAUGCCAGAAGCCAGAGCUUUCUUUAUUUUCAGCCCCAAUAACAAGUUCAGGGUUUUGUGUCAUAAGAUUGUAAACCACAACAUCUUCACCAAUUUAAUCCUGUUCUUUAUACUGCUGAGCAGUAUUUCACUGGCAGCGGAGGACCCAGUGAAUAAUGACUCGUUCAGGAAUCAGAUUCUAGGCUAUGCAGAUUAUGUGUUUACAGGAAUCUUCACCAUAGAGAUCAUACUGAAGAUGACAACGUAUGGAGCAUUCCUACAUAAGGGUUCAUUUUGUCGGAAUUAUUUUAAUAUUUUGGAUCUGGUGGUGGUCAGUGUGUCUCUGAUCUCCUCUGGAGUUCAGUCAAGUGCCAUUAAUGUAGUGAAGAUUCUCAGAGUGCUGAGGGUGUUGAGGCCCCUGAGAGCAAUCAACAGAGCCAAGGGCCUCAAACAUGUGGUCCAGUGUGUGUUUGUAGCCAUCCGUACCAUCGGGAACAUCGUCAUCGUCACCACUUUGCUGCAGUUCAUGUUUGCCUGUAUUGGUGUUCAACUUUUCAAGGGCAAAUUCUUCUACUGCACAGACACCUCUAAACAGACACAGUCCGAAUGCAGGGGGUCCUAUAUAUUAUUCAAAGACGGGAAUGUUGGGAAACCAGUGAAAUCGCGUUCAUGGGAGAACAGUGACUUCAACUUUGAUGAUGUCCUGCAGGGCAUGAUGGCUCUGUUUGCCGUGUCCACUUUUGAGGGUUGGCCAGGGCUCCUCUACAGAGCCAUUGACUCCCAUGCAGAGGAUGUUGGUCCAGUCUACAACUACCGUGUGAUCAUCUCUAUAUUCUUCAUCAUCUACAUCAUCAUCAUUGCCUUCUUCAUGAUGAACAUCUCUAUAUUCUUCAUCAUCUACAUCAUCAUCAUCGCCUUCUUCAUGAUGAACAUAUUCGUAGGUUUCGUCAUUGUGACAUUUCAGGAUCAUGGAGAGCAAGAGUACAAAAACUGUGAGCUGGACAAGAACCAGCGUCAGUGUGUGGAAUAUGCCCUGAAGGCCCGUCCCCUGCGCAGGUACAUCCCCAAGAACCCGUAUCAGUACAAGGUAUGGUACGUGGUGAACUCUACCUACUUUGAGUACCUGAUGUUCACCCUCAUUCUUCUCAACACCAUCUGCCUGGCCAUGCAGCAUCAUGGCCAAUCUCAGUCAUUCAGCAAAGCCAUGAAUAUCCUCAAUAUGUUGUUCACCGGCCUAUUCACUGUGGAAAUGAUCCUCAAACUCAUCGCCUUCAAACCCAGGGGUUACUUUAGUGACCCCUGGAAUGUUUUUGACUUCCUCAUCGUAAUUGGCAGCAUUAUAGACGUCAUUCUGAGUGAGAUCAACGUAAAUAACGCCAGGAUCUCAAUCACGUUCUUUCGGCUGUUCCGUGUGAUGAGGCUGGUGAAGCUCCUGUCUCGGGGAGAGGGCAUUCGGACGCUGCUCUGGACCUUCAUUAAAUCCUUUCAGGCUCUUCCCUAUGUUGCUUUGCUGAUCGUAAUGCUGUUCUUCAUCUACGCCGUCAUUGGGAUGCAGAUGUUCGGUAAGAUUGCCCUGAGGGACAACAGCCAGAUCAACCGAAACAACAACUUUCAGACGUUUCCUCAGGCUGUUCUGCUGCUCUUCAGGUGUGCAACAGGGGAGGCGUGGCAGGAAAUCAUGCUGGCCUGUUCUCCGAACCGCCCGUGUGAGAAGGGGUCAGAGGUCAACCACAACAGUGAAGACUGUGGCAGCCACUUUGCCAUCAUCUACUUUGUUAGCUUUUAUAUGCUUUGCGCCUUCCUGAUCAUUAACCUCUUUGUGGCCGUCAUCAUGGACAACUUUGACUAUUUAACACGUGAUUGGUCGAUAUUGGGGCCGCAUCACCUAGAUGAGUUUAAGAGGAUAUGGGCAGAAUACGAUCCUGAGGCCAAGGGUCGGAUAAAGCACCUGGAUGUGGUGACGUUGCUGCGCAGGAUUCAGCCUCCCCUUGGAUUUGGAAAGCUUUGUCCACAUAGAGUGGCGUGCAAGCGGCUUGUGUCCAUGAACAUGCCUCUCAAUAGUGACGGGACGGUGAUGUUCAACGCAACUCUCUUUGCUCUGGUACGAACGGCUCUACGCAUCAAAACUGAAGGUAACCUGGAGCAAGCAAAUGAGGAACUCCGGGCCAUCGUGAAGAAGAUCUGGAAGAGGACGAGCAUGAAGCUGCUGGAUCAAGUCGUUCCCCCUGCUGGAGAUGAUGAAGUAACAGUGGGGAAGUUCUAUGCCACAUUCCUGAUUCAGGAAUACUUCAGGAAAUUUAAGAAGCGCAAGGAACAGGGCCUGGUGUCCAAAAUUCCUCCAAAGACUGCUCUUUCACUGCAGGCUGGCCUGCGUACACUGCAUGAUAUGGGUCCUGAGAUCAGAAGAGCGAUAUCAGGAGACCUGACUGUGGAGGAGGAGCUGGAGAGAGCCAUGAAGGAAACCGUGUGUUCUGCAUCUGAGGAUGAUAUCUUCAGGGUAAAGCGGUCUGGCGGUCUCUUCGGUAACCACGUCAACUACUACCACCAGAGUGACGGCCACGCCUCCUUCCCACAGUCCUUCACAACACAGCGGCCGUUGCACAUCAGUAAAUCCGGGAGUCCCGGCGAAGCAGAAUCUCCGUCUCAUCAGAAGCUCGUCGACUCCACCUUCACUCCGAGCAGUUAUUCUUCCUCAGGAUCCAACGCAAACAUUAACAACGCCAACAACACAGCCAUCGGACACCGGUACCCCAAACCUACCGUCAGCACAGUGGACGGACACACGGGGCCGCCCCUCACCACCGUCCCACUACCACGGCCCACAUGGUGCUUUCCUAACAAGAGCUCUGAUUCCAGUGACAGCCGUCUCCCUAUAAUACGGCGAGAGGAAGCAUCUACAGAUGAGACGUACGAUGAAACAUUUCUAGAUGAGAGAGAUCAGACACACACGUGCUUGACAAAGUUUGUUCUUUUUGUCCUUUUCACUUAUUCAUCUUCUGGUUUUCAAAGGCUCUGGCUGUGGCAGGGUUGA